AUGCUCAGAACAAGGACAGCCGAAGAUGAUUUCAAUAACCAGAGAGCCAAAAUAGUUUCCCCAACCGACCAAUGCCUUACCAAAGCCUUGGGCUUGAUCGGCUUCCCCCGCACUGUUAGCGUCGUCCACACCGCGGGCUCAUCAUUUCAUGAGGGCCGGCGGGGAAACGUAGCUGCGACGGAGGUCCGUCCACCCUCGGCAACGGCGUUCAGGCCGGCUAACAACCCCGGUUCCAUUGGCCAAUUUCCCCAUUCCCUGCUGGACCACGCCGUGACCCUCGGUAUCAUCACACCGCAGGUUAUACGGCAAGCUGGACCAAUACGAGGAACCAUUGCGCUUCUCAAGCUACUCUUCAUAUUCUUCCCAAAAGCCACCUUCCAGCUGAUAUGGACGCGGUACCUGACGGCGCGCAAGAACCGACCGCUGUACAUCCAGCAAGCUAACGUCGCAGAGGACUUUGCGCUGCGGCUGCUGCGCUGGUCGGCCGCCAGUUUACACCCGCGGGUGCUACGCGCCGUCACGAGCCAGUCAUCGGCGGCGCACAUUGUCAAGUGGCGCGCGUACCGUAACGGCUACGCCAGGUACAACGAGCAUGUGCAGGAAAAAGUCCUGGAAGAGGGUAUUUGGGUCAGACACGACAAGAACAAGAGGCAUGACAUCAUCCUCUUGUAUAUUCACGGCGGCGGCUACGCUGUCCUCUCGGCCAAGUUUUACGUCGAGUUCCAGCUCGCGGUGCAGAGCAGCCUGCUCGACGCGGGCUACGAGAACCCGGCCGUCUUCAGCCUCGACUACACGCUAGCGCCAGACAAGCACUUCCCGGGGCAACUCAACGAAGCGGUGCUUGCGUACAAGGAGGUGCUGGCGGCGGCGGACGCGGACACCAAGAUUUGCGUCGGCGGAGAUUCGGCGGGCGGGAUGCUGACGCUGACACUGUUGCAAGAGCUGGCAUCGCGCAAGCUGCGGGACGAGCCCCUGAGCCGCCACCCGGACCUGGCAGUGCUCAUCUCGCCGUGGGUGACGCUCAAAACGCACCUGCACCGGGCAUCAGAUCUCGACUACAUCCAGCCCGACACGUUGGCGCGUUUCGCGGAUCUAUACACGGGCGGCGGUGGUGUGGGCGCAUACGCGGCGCCCGCCUCGCCGGGCAGCUGCCAGGACGAGGGCAUCUGGGAGGCGGCGCGCCCGGCGCGGGGCUACGUUAUCACGUACGGUGAGGAGGAGGGCCUGGCCGAGGAUAUCAAGUACCUGAUUCAGCACCAAAAGUCACGGGGCACAGAGGUGCGGGUGCUGGUGGACGCUGGCGGUGUGCAUGUGUGGCCAGUGAUUUCGCUGCAGUUCUGCACGACGAACGAGAGGCGCGUGCAGGGCAUACAGUCUAUAGUCAGGGAAAUUAGAAGCGCUCUAGCGUAG